AUGCUCUUUCGCCACAAGUGGUUGUUCGCGGUUGACCAAGUUGCGAGCGUCGGCGACCAGCCAUCCCCAGCGGUUUCUCAAAGAGAGCUGAAUCUGGCCGCCGUCAUGGUCAUGAUGCCCCCGCGCUUCAGCAAAAGACCCAGAAGACUCAGGCGGCCCGGAAGUCGUCAUUUUCUCCAGCAAUUGGCAUACUCGGGCUAUUUUCCCUCUUGCGCUCUCGAUGAUGUUGAUGGUCCGCUGAAAGAUGGCCGGUUUUGUCCUCAGAAGAGGCAGGUUUUCGUUACAGAGCUUGAUCAAGUCCUCGAGGUCGACGACACAGGUUCGCGCCAGCUCGAGACAGGGGCGGACUGCGGUUACGGUGGAGGUGUGGUCGAGGGGGAUAUUGAAGAGGAGAGCUUUGUGAGAGGAUGUGAUGCCGGGGGGUAUUUUCAUUGCUUCCAUGCUGGUGUGGAAGAAAAACACCUAACCUUUAGGCUGGCGGGAAGUGGUGAAAGUGACGCCAGGGGCUGA